AUGAGCACCAUCGACACGAAAUUUCGCUCACUUAGUAAAUUAGCAGCAGAAUGCCAAAUACAGAUUGAAAGGUUGUAUCAUGUGGAUUCCAAUACAGUUCAAAGGGAAGUGACUGAACUUAUUCGAAACACCAUGCGACAGUUGGAACAAGAGAUGGAGGUAGUCAAACAACUCGUCGAAGUGGAAGAUAAAGAGGCUACGAGACUAGCCUUCCUCAACAGAUUAAGCGAAUAUGAACACCAAUUCAAACAACUUCAAGUCAAUUCUCGACAGGCCAUUUUAAGGUCAAGAAAACGAAUAGACGAGCAAGAAAAAAAGAACCGAGAAGAGUUAUUUGGCAUGUUCAAACGAUCAACAGACAAGAGCUUUACAGAACAAUUUGAGCUUAAGCAACGAGGAUUGAAAAAUAGCCAACAUGAAGACGCUAUGUUACGUGCGUCUUCGGAUGUGACAGAGGCAUUGAAAAGAACAAGUACACUGAUGCAGCAAGAAUUAGGAAAAAGCGCCUUUUCUAGAGAAAUGUUAGCACAAUCUUCAAAAACUCUGUCUUCCACUCAUUCUGAGUACCAAAAUUUAGGUUCCCUGGUUCACAUUUCCAAAAGAGUCAUCACUCAACUUGAAGCUUCAGAUUGGUUGGAUCGGCUUUUACUCUUAUUUGGAUUACUCUUCUUCUGUGGUGUCGUGUUCUAUAUCAUUAAGAAGCGAACGUGGGAUCUGGGCAUUUCAUGGUUGUCUUGGUUGACUGCGUCGAGAAAAAACAAAUAUAAUUAUCAACCAAUAGCGACCCCCGUUUUUCAGACGACCAAGACAAUUAUCAUCAAUGCCGCAACAGAAACUGUAAACACCCUCAUCCACAGUGAUACCUUACAUAGAGCAGCCACGACAGCUACAGAAGCAUUAGCGCCUGUAAUGAAUAAAGUGGAGCUUUAA